AUUGCUGCUGUCCAAUGAUGUGGAGUUAAGUAUAACCUAAUGAACUAGUCGAGGAUCCAUGACCCCCACACUUACAAAUCCGAUUCCUCAGCACGAAGCUAUGUCUUGAUGGCAUCAUAGCUAAAGGUAUAUUGUACUAUACUAUCUAUAUCAGACCUGUACAACAUAAAUACCCCUAUCCCUCACUCCUCACUCAAUCCCAACCCCAAUCCCCAAACACCAACCCCAACUAAAAGAAAGAAUCAAAAUGUCCCUAAAAUACCUCCUCACCGGCAGCACCGGCGGCCUGGGUGCGCAAAUCCUCAGCUACUUCACCAGCCACCCGAAUCUCAUCUCCCCCGCCGACUUCGCCGCCUCGUCCUCGAACCCAGCCAAUCGCAGCAAAUUCGAAUCGCAGGGCAUCCAAUUCCGGGUCGUGAAUUACGAUGAUCCGGAUACUUUGGAGGUGGCCUUUCAGGGUGUGGAGAAUUUGCUCUUUGUGAGUACGAAUACGUUUGAUGUGGAGAAGCGGAGGAGACAGCAUGGGAAUGUGGUUGAUGUGGCGGGGAGGGUGGGGGUGAAACAUAUCUGGUACACCUCCCUCGCGUUCGGUGGGUUCGACUCUACCUCCCAGGCCUCCGUCCAGCAAGCACAUUAUAUGACUGAGGAGAUGUUGAGAGCAUCUGGCAUCCCCUACACCUCCCUCCGCGAAGGCAUCUACACGGAAUGUUUCCCCCUCUUCCUGAACUGGUAUCCGAGUACCAAGACUAUUUAUCUCCCGACCGCCGCCUCCACGGGGAGGAUUGCAUUCACGCUGCGCUCGGAACUUGCGGAGGCGACGGCGAGACUUCUCCUCCGGGGUGCUAGUUCCCAGAAUGGGAAUGGGAUUGUGUUAUUAACCGCAAAGGAAAGUAUCUCGGUUAAUGAGAUCGUGGAGGUGAUUAACGAGACGACCGGGCGGGAUGUUACGGUGGAAUAUGUGGACGCGGAGGAAUAUGUACGCAUCCAUGCGGAGAGUGACGAGGGGGGGAAGAGCGAGGGAUUCUUUCGGCAGCUCGUGGGAUGGUUUGAGGGGAUUGAGAAGGGGGAGUUGGAGGUGACCCAUGGGUUGAUGGCGGAGGUGUUGGGGAGGGAGGCGAUCGGGGCGAGGGAGGCCAUUCGGGGGUUGUUGAGUAGGGAGAGGGAUUAUGUGUGGCAUCAGAAUUAUGCGAAUUGAUAUAUUCCUAGCAGGGGAGAGGGGGAGGGGGGAUGUAUUUGAAAGGUACAUAACUCAAUGCUGCUGCUGCCGAUCAUGCUGCGGAUACCCCGUAUGCGUAUCGCGAUAUACCGUCCCCGUGACCUCGCCACCCCCCUCCCCCUCCUUUUCUAAGACAACAUCCUCCUCCUCAUCCGUCGCAAACGUCGACUCCCGCAUGAACGGACUCCGACGAC